AUGGUGUUCGGGAGAGUUCUUCAGCCGAUGGAACCGGCGAGCUGGGACACGCGGCAGGUUAUGGCAUAUGCCGCAUUGCACCAAGUGGCAGGUAUUACGGAGGUAAGGGAGGUAAAUAGGCCACUCCGGGAAAAGUGGGAGUUGCUGGUGCGGACAGAUCUAAACGAAUUUUACGCCACGAAUGACUUCUCACAACAUCCGGUGGGACGAGAUGAUCUUCUUGACACGUCGUCGUCGGAGCUUCUGGUGCGUCGCACUCACUCUGACUGCGCCGCGGUAUUUCGUGAAAAUCCGGAGAAGCUGCAGGCUGUCGUGGAAGCCGGCCUGGCAAGGCUGAACAAAGACACUUUACAUGAAUGCUACUUGGCAGGUAAGCUGCCAGCGCUGGAGUGGUGGUUGGUGAUGACGCUAGACGAUGAGGCGCGUCGGGGAUUGGAGAAUCAAGGUGCACCCCGCGUCUGUGGACGGGCACUGACGAAGCACGAAGCCAUCGCCCAUUGUCUGGAAUGUGCAGUGGACUCAAUGUGUGUGUUCUGUGCGGAUUGCUUUCAGAACUCACCUUGUAGAAAUCACAAGCACACCGUACGGUAUGGCGGGGGUGGCGGGUUGUGUGACUGUGGUGAUCCCAUGGCAUGGAAUUCAGCCUCCUUUUGUUCAAAGCACAGGGGCUUCCAGAAGAAUGAUGACCCCACCGCAAGUUUGCCUCCCGUGCAAAAAAGAUGGCUUGAGGUGGUAGCACGGGGGUUAUCGCUUUAUCAGGUGACAAUUAUGCAGUUUUUCACACUAUAUGUAAAGGACUCUAAUGAAUCAAAAGAUAGGGAUUUGACGAUGCGAUGGUUUGAUAGAACAUUACGUCGAACGGUGGCCCUGUCGUUGUACCUGGCAAACGCAGGGGAGGGUUCACGACGUUUGAUGUGCCUUUCUUUGAUGGGGGAGACAUUAUUGAAGCGUCCAAUAGUAUUUAACGUGGAUGGUGAAGAAAAGGAAGUUUAUGUACGUUACUCUUGUGCGGAAGAAAUUUUUCUUCAGAAUAUGACGCUUGUGGAUUUGAAGGGGUUUAUCAUCUGGGAGAACUCCCUUCUGUAUUUGCUUGAUGGAUGCAUCAGUGAUCCGCUACUGCGUGUCCCGGUUGCGGAAUUACUGUUGAAAUACGGUGAACGACUCUCCGUAAUGCAGCAUCGACAUGUGAAGGAUCUCUCCGUUCAAGUGCUCUCCGUGAAGGAAGUUGUGGACGAUCUUCUACAAAAAACACCAAAUCCGCAAUGGGAAUGUGUCAUUGGUCGCGAAACGAUUCUCCACCGACUCCUCUCGACAUUGUUGUACGUUUGCUGUUAUGUUCACAAGGACCGUGAACUCCUUCCAGAGCUCACACAAGUUGCCUUUUGUGCGUGUCACUGGUUUGAAAAUGUUUUAUCUGCGUCAGAGAACGUCAAGGUGAUGGUUGUUUCACGACAGUUAUUCCGUGCCUGGUGCAAGGCACUGUGUCUGAUUGGAACAAGUAGUAAAAUUUGUCGAGAGACACGAACCUCAAGUUCGGAGAAUGAUAAUGUGGAUAAGGACUAUGCAAUGAUGAUGGAAGCGGAGCUACGGCAUUCAUUUAACCUCGUAGCUCAUAUGGUGCUUAUCGUUGGGAACGCGUUGUUGUCAGGUAGCGAGCCCAUUCCGGUAUCGCAGCAGAAAUUGUUGCAAUCUUUGCCGCCUGUGUGGGAUAAGGUGCCCGAUGUAUCGAUUGGGUAUCCUUAUCACCGACAGGUGCUUGAUACACUCAACUUGCAGCAUGCAUCAUCUCUGUUUUUCUCUGAAAACAACAUGGAUAUGGAGGGAGGACCAUGUCGGGUAUAUAUGCGAGAAAUGUUGAUGGAAUGUUUGGAGUUUAUUAAUGCGGCACUUGCGGAAAAGCGAAAUGCCUUUAAACCAGUCAAUUAUGUUCUCUCCGGGCAGGAUGCGGAACACAUGUUACCGCGUUACGAUCUACUAGACGAAAAGUCACCCAAUCCGACUUCUUUUGUCAUACCACACAUGCGUUUCUUUGCCAUGCUUGUGAAGGUGUGGACACGAUUGCUGCGUCAACAGAAUUUCAUAAAGAAGGAUUCACCUGUGGAAGAUGACGUCUGUACAAAUUCCGGUGAUCACAGCCGUGGCGUGGAGACUUUCUACUCUCUUGUAUCGGAGGUUUUUGCGUCGACGCAGGCGAAGACCGAUUACUGGAUUGAUGAAUGUCUCAUGCCAUCUGUUUUGCUGGGACAAAUUGAACGGGGACUUUGGCGACGUGAUGAAUGCGAUGUGACGUUGCGUUCGCUGUAUUAUUUGAAUAACACCACACCGGAGAUGGAUUAUGACAUUUACUUGCUGUAUGUCCUUAUGCUAAUCACACCAUCCGAGGCGUUUGCUACGCAGUUGCUGCAGCGGCAUGCCGUGACGAAGGCAAAUGAACCCCGUGGUUCCUGGUAUCCAUUGUUCCUACGGCUUAUCCUCACUCUCUGCCUCACGGAGUGGGCUGCCGUCAUCCAUGACGAACAUGAUUUGAGGCGGGUAUUGCAGCGAGAGGCGGUGCAUGGCAUGGUGGUGUCCAAUGAUUUUUCCUUUCACAUUAUGGAGAUAAUUGCGGGUCGAUUCAAGUAUCUCAUACCCGGCCUGGAUCCCAGUACUCUACUUCCAUCCAUUCUAGGGGAGGUCGCCGUAACUGAGCAGCGUCAUCGCACACAAGUAUUUGCUUUGAAGGAUGCGGCGACAUGGCGAUCCAAUGUGAACCUCUAUCAUCCGCUUGUUAGGGAUCAGGCUUUGCAGGACUUGCAGGAUUUGUAUGAGCGGCUUGUGCGACGGGAACAAAUGGCGCGAGAGAGAGAAGCGACGGGGGCCACAACAAAAGCAACAACAUCAUCAUCAUCUUCGGCGUCGAGAGUGGUGUUUCCACUGCCAAAGCUACCAUGGCUAGAGGAGCAGCCAGGCAAAACACAGGGGAAUAAUACGAUGGGUUCCGAGAACAUGGUGCAUCACAAAGUAUGUCUCCUAUUACAAACACCUGCGGUGCUCUCUGUAGCCAUUGCUGCGGUGCACAUGUACCUUUCCUUUGUGAUGGGGAAAAAAGAGAAGACAUCGAAUGUAUCCAUGUCAGAACGAUCGUUACUUCAUGCGAUAUCUGUCCUAUACAUCUCUAUGCAGGCAUGCCACGUUAUCAGCUCCUCUGCCAGCAGUUUUUCAUCAUCUUUCACCCAAGGCCCUAUGCGUGGGGUUGAUUGGGAUAUGGUGAAGACGUUUCAACAACAAUUUAUGCCGCCGUCUGGUUACACAUGGGAAGGUCUUAAGCAAUUACUUCUCGUUGAGGGGAUCAUGGAUGCCACGACGCUGAAGGAAAAACUUGAGAUUCCUUUGGUACCGAAUACAAAGCGUGAUUUCCUCUUACGUAAAACCUCAAAGGGUGUAACAACCAUAUCGGCACUUCAUCAAAUCUACACCCAAUACCGUGAAUCGGAGAAAGACAUGUACGGUAUUGCUGCAAUGACAGGGUAUAUCUUGCAUAGUGUGGAGGCAUUAUCCUCAUUGCCACAUGCAAACGAAGAAGAGGCCGAACAGAAGACGCGAAGUGAAAUAAAUGAACAGCGGCGUCUUCGGCUUAAAGAAAGGCAGGCGAUGCUUUUACGACGUGUCAAGGCGAAUGAUGCCAAAAGUGCUGCCACUAUCGUUGCCUCCCUGGACGAUAAUGUCAAAAUGGAUGGGGAUUCCGUGCGGGAUGUAAGAGGGAUUGCGGUUUCCUCCAAAUCUGUCAUGGCCACAUUGCUUCUACGACUUGCAGAAGUUGAGUGCUGCAUGUGUCGUGAUCCCUCAAAUGAGCCAUUGAUGCUGUUUGCGAGUACCUUUACCUCAGACACCCUCUAUCGUCUACGUUUUGACGAAUCCGAACGAGAAGCACCGAUGGCGUAUAAAGUGAAUGGGCAAAUUCAUCUCUGUGGACAUGCGGCACAUAGGAAAUGUGUGGCAAAAAUGAUUGGGCGAAUUGGCCUGAUUCUGGAAAGAGUUUUUCGAGCCAGUAUACCCUCAAUUUUUGGCCCAAAGGAUUUUAACUGUCCUAUCUGUGUCAUGGUCUGUACGACGCUUUGUCCGUUACCCACACUAGCAUUUAGUGCUGGAGAACGAUUGUCAUCGGUAUCAUCAUCAUCAUCAGCAUCACUCUUUGAAGACGUGCGCAGCGACACACUGAAGGUGGCCGAAGAUGUGUCAGAGCUGCAUCAAGAAAUAGCGCGUGCAACCGUUGGUGCCCCAUCAGCGCGUUUAUCAGGUGAAGAUGCCCUGGUGAAGCCGAGUGAACUACAACUGAAUGACCCAGAAGUAUGGGUUUUGGCGGAGACCAUUCGUACCAUUCGGAAUCAAAUGUGUGUUACGUUGGAAUGGGUGAAGGCGGGUGGAGAGGUGCGGUACAAUGAAUUGUUGACAUUGCUUUCGGUUCUUGUGUCAAUCGAUGUGAGUCUCCUUGCAUCUCAUGCCGCAAAGCUUAAAAAGGAGUUUUAUCGUAAGGGUGAUGAGUUAUGCCUACUUCUGGUAAAUCUUUUACAUUGUCCAGAAAGGGCGGCAGCAUCAUUUGCGCUAUAUACAAGGCUACUUAUCCUUUCAAGUGAUCAUGGUAUAAUUAUUCAAUCAGCAUCUGAAAAGGAAGAAGAAGGAGGAGGAAACAUGGACGCUUAUAAUAAACUUCUUGUUGCCAUGUGGAGAGAACUUGGUUGCCUCACACUUCUUAAAGUGUUAAUCCUAGAUACCUCUCCUUCAGAAGUGGUGCGAUGCGAAGAUGACCGCGUGACUUUGCUUCCUUUGAAUUCGGAGGCUCUUAUCACAUUGGAGGGUCGGCAGCGUGCCGUGCUCACAAUGCUGUGUUACCUGCUGGAAGUUCCAUUCCAGGUGGAGCCAGGGAGGGAUGUAGGCACCGCACUAUCAUCGCUUGUCCACAGUGUGACGGCUGUCAAUGGAAGGGAAGAGCCAACAGCAUGGCUGAGUGGGACUCCUCCAGCAGAACUCAUGCAAUGUAAACCGCUGCUGGUGCCGUAUGAUGGCCCAAUGUCGUGGAGAAAAUUUAUUGUGUGCCGAGUGUUUCAUUUGUCUAACACGUUUGGGGAUUUGCUUCUUAAAAUGAGUUCCUCGGAGCCGUGUAGCGUGUGUGGGGAUAAUGAGGCCCAACGUGUGUGGUGUGCUCUCUGUGGUCAUUCCCUCUGCCUGCGCCCGUCAUUGACACCGCCUGAGCUGUAUGAUCACGCACGAACCUGUGGCAACGGUCUGGGUAUUUACCUUCACCCCGCAACGAACGUCUUUCUUGUGCUUUUGACAGUCCAAGGCCGUCAUCUGCAAUAUCGUGGCCUUUACGCCGAUGAGUAUGGACAAACAAUCGUGCGUGACUUUCGUGGCCGUGACGUUCCCCUUGACGAUGAGGCAAUCAAAACAUGGCUCUCCCUUUGGAUCCAAUCCCAGUGGGGCGUUCAGUCCACCGUUGUGAAGAAGCUUGCGUUGGGUAAUUUGAGAAAUUUAUAA